GGCUAUUAGUAGGACUUUACUCAAGUCACUUUAUCUUUGUAUCUCAGUUUCCUAAUCUGUGAGUUGAAAUGCAACUAGAUGCUGAUGAAGAUAGCUAAGGGGUGCUGCCGGAAACCCAGGUACAAAUGGGGGAGCUGAAGCUCAUAGUUACUUGUCCAGGAUCACCUAGCUGUAAAGCUUUCAGCAGUAGUGUGGGUGGGCAGUUUCACCAUCCUGAGCGCUGUUUGGGAUACUGACCCAGAUAGAGACCCUGAUCUGCGACUUGGAUUUGCUAUCUUGGGAUCCCAUGGCGUACACUCCUGGACUCUUGGGCCCCUUCACACAUGCAAGCAGAAUCUUCAGUCAGUGCUGUUUCAGCACCACUGGGAGCCUUGGUGCCAUUCAGAAGAUGACGCGGGUGCGUGUGGUGGACAACAGUGCCCUGGGGAACACCCCCUACCAUCGUCCGCCUCGUUGCAUCCAUGUCUAUAACAAGAGUGGGGUGGGCAAGGUGGGCGACCGGAUCCUGCUGGCCAUCAAGGGACAGAAGAAAAAGGCUCUCAUCGUGGGGCAUCGCAUGCCUGGCCCCCGGAUGACUCCCAGGUUUGACUCCAACAAUGUGGUCCUCAUUGAGGACAAUGGGAACCCUGUGGGAACCCGAAUUAAGAUACCCAUCCCCAGCAGCCUACGUCGGAAGGAAGGCGAGUUUUCCAAGGUCCUGGCCAUUGCACAGAACUUUGUAUGAGUGGGACCCACCUGAGGCUGCAGUGGGGCUCACAGACGGAGCUGUUUGGAGAACUGGACCUUUGCUGAGAGGGAGGGAGUAUGGGGCCUCGUGGCUGGAAACAGUGUCCCAGGAGCAAAUAAACAAGUUUUUAUGUAU